CAAUCCAUUUCCAAUAUUGACUUUUUGUUUUUCACCUUAUUUUUUUUUAACAAUUUUGAUUGAUUGAUUCCCAGGGAAUGUGCAUGAAAGUCUUGGAUGCCUGACCAGAGCAUGCAGAUGUCCCACGACCUAGUGGAUGGGAUGACGCCAGCGUCUGGUCUCCCACUUUCCGCCGAAAACCACUCAAACACUCGACCUCAACGACGGCAAACUGUGUCUGCGGCGUAUCCAGAUAUUGAUGCAAUACAGAGAGACGCGCAGCUUAAUUCGGUCCGAAUUCCUAGGGCGUUAGCAUACGACUCCGGGGUGAACCACUCGGCGUUGGCGAGUCCAACCUUGACUGAAUAUCCCGCACGACGUCCACGGAGCAAUACUCUGGAGGUUCAGACAAAGUUUCUACCAGCCCAGCAACAGUCUCAUCUCGCUCGUCUCGAUCAACAGUGUCCCGGCACCAUGUUUGCGGACGAUCCCCGUGACGCGGGCACCGCAGCCGCGCUAACGACCGCCGGUACCAGCGAUUCACCAACAAUAACAACAACCCCGACAGCUCAAGACAUGACCUCCUCUCCGGCCAGAACCCCUGGCGCCUCUUCGUCGCAACCCCACUCUUCUGUCGCCUCGUUUCCCCGAUUACCACAGAGUCGAUUCAGUUUCGAGUAUCAGUUGCCUCUUCGCAGGCGAACCUUGGCCUCGCAUAGCUCCGUUAUCGACACGCCCUCGGGCCCAAACCCGACGCCAACCCCCCAGCGCACUUUAUUGUACGACAGACCGCGGCGCUCAGUCACCACCUUUAACCUGUCCCACGGUCGCGCUUCCAAGGAGGCGUCUUCUCUUCCUCCAUCGCCCCGGUUCGCCCUAGAGGAGGAUAGCGAAUCUGCGCUGGCUCCUGACCUUGACUCGACCGUCAACCCACUUAGUCCCAAUGCGACGAAGCGCCGGAAAGAUUCAUUCUAUGCCCAGCAAAUGCUUCCAAGUGUGAAGAGGAGAAUGCCAUCGUAUACCGCGACUUACACUCAGGAGAAUGAUCGUAGGCGCGCUGUGAACGGUGCCGACAAACACGCUCCAGAAGAUGGUACUCGGACCCCAGUUACGGACGAUUCUCGAUCCAGAAAUGAAGACAUCUUCCUGAACAUCGCCAAGUCAGACUCCAGCCGUCGCGAAUCUCUGGGACGAUCAGAACUUAGACGGUCGCGAUUAAGGAUGUCCGGCAGUGGUCAUCGCUCUUCAACCUCCCGUGCCAAUGAACAGACAUCUUCCCCUGAUCAGCUUCGGCUGAAUACCUACGAGAGCCCCUUGCAUUCCAACAACGGCUCCCCAUCCCAGCCACGCAGCUCUCUAGCGUACUCCUAUUCGGCUUCCGCCCACCCGCUAGAUGAUCAUGCCCGCUCGCCUCAUUCCGGCUACAUCUCCAGCUCCAAGUCCACUAUUGGUCUACCCAGAAGUAGACUAAGCCAGAUCAGCCCAGAAGAUUUGACUGAAAAAACGUCUAUCGAGAGACGAGGCUCAUUGCCCGAUCCUCGAUCGUAUCGCCAUUCAACACUGUCGACAAUUCGAAGUAGUCGGCAGCCAUCCAGUUCCGAGGCCACAGAACGACCCCGGGCCGAGCCCGACCGACCCCGACAAGAUGGGACAGAGUCGACGCUGUCUACUACUGCACCUUCUACUGUCUGGGAUGAGCUCGAGGAUCUUAAAUCGCGGAUCCGGAAGUUAGAGCUUACUGGGAAACUCCCCCCAUCUUCUCAGGAGGCCAUUUCAUCUGCCUCUGCUGAACGACCGCGCACUGCGACUACUACGGUGACAACCGUCUCAUCCUCCCCAAAGCGCGGCCGCAAAACCAGCACCUCAUCCCCUGAUUCCGAAUCUAUACCUCCCACAAACCCCGUUCACCCCCUUCUACAAUCUGCUCUGAUCAAAGCAAAGGUUGUGUUGAGCAAAGAAGUAUACACGGCCUUAGAAGCUACUGCGACAGAUGCGCUAACACUGUCUACCGCCUUGAGUGUAAAUAAGGCGCCAUCUGGCAAUGUUUCUGUCGCGAACGGUUACGGUCCCUCCGAUAGACAAUCGAGACGGAAAGCGGACAGUGUUUGUCGUGGAUUGACCGAGCUUUGUCUUGCGUUGUCGGAUGAACAGCUGUGCAGACAACAGGCAUCGGGCAGAGAUGAAGGCACGGUGAUGAAGCAGCCUACUGGUGCCGAUGAUGAAACCUUGACCCCAACAACACCAUAUCGACGGAGUACGGCUCAGGAACCCGAGAGCUUAAGCCGUCGGCAGAGCACUCGUGCGGCAAGUCGCCUUGGUGCUCGUCGGUCUAGUGUUGCAGCCCCCAGCAGCAAUAGUAAUGAGGUAAACGGGGUCAAUGAUACAACAUCGGAUGCCAAACAGGCGCAGUCGCCUGGUUCUUCAUUUCCCGCGAGCCGACUAAGUCGCCUUGCGUCUCUUCGGGCAAGGAGAAUGCAAGCCGAGGAUGAACCUGUCGAACAUCAAAGUCCUCACGCUCGGUCAAUAUCAAGAAGCAUGACCGAUAUUGGUAGUCAGGGUCCCGCAUAUCGCGCUCCCCCUCGCCAGCGAUUCUCUCAUGGAUACGCUGCGUCUCAGUCGACUCAUACGCCAGAAUCCCAACAAGACCAGAGCUCCAGAUACUCAGCGCAACCCCAACAGUCACAGUUGCCGCAACCCCGUACACCAACUGCGUCGCAGUCCGGCAUUCCGCUUCGCAGAACCUUAAUGACGCCGACCACAUCUCGCUCGAACAUCCAAGCAGGGUCUCGUCGGUAUGGGCUUCCUUCUGGGAUCUCUACUUCCGGCGGAGCCAACGACGAGGCACCUAUUUCCCCUCGGCAGGAUCCAUCUCAAACCAGGAUUAUCGCCCCAUCGAGCAAACUGGCAGCUAGUUAUACCCCUAUCUCACGCCCAAGAACAAACAGUUUUGGGGCUACACGGAGGUUUGGCAUCCGGCAACGACCCAUGGCCAUCUCCGACGGUGCUGUAAAUUCCUUCGACGACAGCAUUGAUUGAAACGUUACGCCCUUUAUCGUUUAUACAUGUGGUGUUAUCUGGCCUGGAAUACAACAACGUAGCUUACGCCCUUUCAUCUAACGCAGCGACUUCAUGUCUGAAA